AUGUCUAUAGAGAGUUUAAUAGCUUCGUACCAGAGGCGGUACGAUGAGCUCGACGAAAAUAUAGCUUCCAUAGCUCGUGGUGUCAACUUUGCCUCUCUUUCUAACAAUCCCAGAUUGGUUCAACAAUUUCACGGCCCUAGCAAUACUGAGAGCGAGAAUGAAGAGCAAGAGGCCGACCUUUCAAAGCUCAGCAUUGCGCAAUUGAACCGGAAAUAUGACGAUGUCGACAAUUACAUUGUAGAAUUGCAGAAAAUAGAGUUGCUAAGCCGUAAACUCGACGAGAUCAACGUGCUUCUUUCCAAAAAGAAAUCUGUUAGUGACUUACUUGAUUUUCAGCAACUUUUCACUCUCUUCAGGAGCGCAAAAGAGACUACCACAGCUGCAGCUUCGGCGAAUGUUAACAUAGUAAUCUAUAAGCAUAUCGCCAAAUCAGUGGAGACGGCGUUUGCGCUAUUUGUAGAACAAUUGGAGGAAUAUUUGCGUUUUCUUUUGCCAGACGAAUACACCAUUGAAAACAUCUCGAUCUUGAAUGAGUUCAAUGCUCUUCUAGACAAGAAUGCCACGAAGCUCGAAUCGUAUUCGAAAUUGCGCUCCCAAUGGGACUCCCUUGUCGACAAGUUGCUUUCACCCAAACAUACAAAGUUCAAAUUGACUCUUGUUGACGAUAAAUUUGCUGAUUACGAUUCGAUUUCGCUUGUGUUGACAGAAGAUGAAACCAGUGUCACGGGAUUCAUUAAAUCUGUACGGAACUUGCUCGAGUUUAUCAAUUUUCUUCAAUUGGAUACAUUAAAGCAUUACUUGAAUUCGAAGAUUUCGCUUUUGCUCAUAAACAAGAUUUCGGUCAAUAUCGAUGGAAUUGUCAAUAAUAAAGAAAGCAUCGAUGGCUUGAAGAUUUUGGUCGACUACAGCACUUCAACAAACUGGAAUGUACUCGCUGGUUUACACAGCACAGAUACAAAACUGAUAGAGGAGAAGCUCAACAAGUUGCAUUUAGACUGGAUCAUCGACAACUUCAUAAAUGAUAUCAGAAAAGCGUUCAACUCCGAGUUGAUAGAAAAGACUAAAGAAUGGACCCAUUCAAUCGAUACUUCCAUCCAGUCAAAAGAAUCGCAGAAUAAGAAAUUCAAGGAUACUCAAAAGGAAUCACAAACAGAUCCACAAAAUGAAAAAGUAGAAGAUGAUGACGAUGCAUGGAACGAAGACUGGGACGAUGCUUGGGAUGAAGACGAACCCAAGACUGAAAUAGCGACUGAGACAAAACCACAAGCUGGAACUGCAGCUGAAAGCAAUGCUGAACAAGAUUCAAAUAAGAGCAUUAUUGUAAUCACUGAGUUACCAACUGAAGUGGAAUCAAUAGUAGAAAAGUACAGACAGCAUUCACUGGAUGUUUCGUAUUUGAUAAGUUCUGUCAAGGCUUUAUCACUUCUGAAAUAUCCGCCUUUGUCCAGAUCGUUUUUGCUUUUGAACGAUAUGACGUAUUUGGCAAGUAGACUUGAUUCACCAGAGUUGGUACGUUUUGCUGAAUCCAACUGGAACCAGUAUUUAGUCACAUUUUACCAGGGACUCAAGAGUAUAUUGGGUUCGUUAAACUUGAGCGACUCCGAUUCCAACGACGCUCAGGAAGACGAUACUUAUGGAGAACUUGACGACUACAAUCUUAACCAGUUAAGUUUGAUAUAUUCGUGGUUUGACACUCUUGUCCUGGAGACAGAUUUGCAGCAGACCAACAACGAGCGGUUCAAGCAACUCAUUAUCCAGCUCGUAGAAUUUGUAAACGCAUGGUUGAUACACAAGAUAUUGAGCUUUUUUGAGAUCACUGAAGGGCAAUCAACGAAGAUUGCCAACAUCAUCGACUCGCUCAACAACGUCACUGUUCCGUAUGUAAUGCAAAUCGGCGAGAGCCAGGCCAACAUCAAGUCGUACAACAAAUUGAACAACUACAAGUUCUUGCUCAACAACCAUUUGAAGGAUAUCAUGGACCGGUUUUACCAGGGCGAGUUGUUUGAUAUGGAAACCGACGAGUUGAUUAAGGUGAUCAAGAGUGUGUUCAUCCACAGCGAGCUACGUGAUAACUACAUCAACGAGAUUAUCGAGUUCAGAAACAUGACUUAA